GCAAAGUUUAAAUAGUCUGAUCCACCCCGGCACGAUUCCAAUGGCAUUUAGUGACUAAGAGAUUUGGAUCUGUCCUGGAAUGGUUGAUGGAACCAUCCCAAAAUUCCAUGGCAAAACGCAUAGUGAUCACAGGCUGCACCAAAGGCAUUGGCCGAGCUCUCUUGGAGCAUUUUGCCCAGGAGCAUGAAGUGGCAGGCUGUGGAAGGUCCAUCAGCGAACUUGAAGCCUUGAAAUUGCAACUUCCCAAUGCCAAACUGAAGCAGCUGGACCUAUCAUCAUCCCUUGAGCUACAAAGUUGGUUCGGGGAGCUUAAAAAUGACUGGGAUUGGAUCGAUUUACUGGUCGCCAAUGCAGGCACAAUGCCAUCACCCGCGAAGCUCUGGGAGAUUCCGUGCGAAGAUUGGCAAAAAACCUUGCAGGUGAACGUUUUAAGUACCUCCCAAGUCCUCCGUCACUCAGUGCCACUGCUGAAGCAGGGGUCCAUCGUAGUUCUCAUUUCUUCACGUUAUGGCCGGACCGUUGCCUCUGGGAUGUCCUGCUACAGCGCAACCAAAUGGGCAACUGAAGCCUUAGCCAAGACGCUGGCACUGGAAUUGCAGAAGGAAAAAGUGGUGGUUGUUUCCUUGGAUCCAGGCGUGGUGAAUACACAGAUGUUGCAGCAGAGUUGCGGACCGCAGGAGUUAGAAUGGUGCCACAAGCAACGUGGCCCUGAAGACUUUGCCGCAGAUGCGGGACCUUUCCUGCUCUCCCUCAGCAUGGCAGACACUGGGAGAAAUCUCACUGUGCCUGGUUGUCCACCAAGCUCCUUCCAGACAGCUGUAGCAUAUAAAGACAGGCCAGCCUGGGCCAAUGGCUUCAGUUCUUUUCACACUGAACCGAAGUCAAAAAAACCGCGCACAGCAACAAAAAGCCUUGGGAAGGAUGGAGGGAGUGGCACUUGCAGGAAAUACUUCAUCUCAGGAGUGAUGCUGGGCAGCAAGCAAAAAUUGGAAAAGCAUGAGGCUGACUUGGUGCCUCAGAAUUACCGCCAGCAGAUUGCUGAUGUGAUUCAAAAGAAAGAUCCACAGGCAGUCAUUGUGGAUCCAUUGGAUGCCUUGAAGCACCGCGCUGAACAGAUGGGACACACCAUUGACGACAUCAAUGCGAGUGAUGAAGCUGUGCGGGAUGCAUUCACGGAGGUGAUUGAAAUGGUCAAAGACUGCGAUGUGAUUGUGAGCAAUUUGCCAGAGGCUUCCAUGGGUAGUGCUAUUGAGUUGUGGGAGGCUCGGAAGGCAAACCUACAGAUUUUCACAAUUUCUCCCAUGAAGGACAAUUGGACUAUUCGAUCUGUGACAGACCAUAAUUUCCUGGACUUGGUAGACUUUGAACAGAAUCUGGGCAAGCAGCUGGAACUUGGAUGACUGGAUUUCUCCCCUCAUCUUCGCUCGAAGUUUGGAUAGAGGCUUUUUGUACUGUAGUAACCCGUCAAGCUGGCUUGCAUUAAGCUUAGCUGGGAGAUUCUGUAAAACCUCCAAUUGAAAAUCCGCUCUCUUACCAGGAGCGUGCGUGCGUAGAUAUAAUAGUCAUUAAUAGUCAACAGUUGCAGCGGGUCAUGGCGAGAAAAA